UCAAAGCAAUAAACGAUAACGAAAGAAGCGUUAUCCUCAAAACGCUCACGGUGAAGUCACAGCUCCAACAACAAUGGAAGCAAGCUCCUUCAUUUUCACCUAUCCUUCUUCUUCUCCUUCAAUUUCAAAAACCCACUUCGAGUUCAGCUUCCCCUACCCUUCUUUCCCACUCUCUUCUCCUUUACGAAGAUACCCUUGUACCAUUCACAAGAACACAGUCAAAUUGUUGUGUACCCGAACCACUCUUCGCAAUUCGGCUCUUACCAUCGAAGAAGAACAAGCUCAAGCUCAAGCUCUAGAGAAAUCCAAGGAUGCUCUCUCCACCUCAACCUCUUACAGAGACAUGUUGCCCAAGAUUGACAAGAGUGGCAGGUUUUGCAGUCCAAGAGCCGCCAGAGAACUCGCUCUGUCCAUAGUUUAUGCAGCCUGUUUAGAAGGUUCAGACCCAGUUCGGCUUUUCGAGAAGCGAAUGAAUGCACGACGAGAACCUGGUUAUGAAUUUGAUAAGGCUUCGUUAUUGGAAUACAAUCACAUGUGCUUUGGAGGGCCACCUGUUACAGUAGAGACAGUGGAAGAAGCAGACGAGCUUCUAAGCAAUGAUGAAAAGGAAACUGCAAUUGAAGCAGAAGUCCUUGCAGCUCCUCCAAAGUUGGUAUACAGCAAAUUGAUUUUGCGAUUUACUAGGAAAAUUUUGGUUGCAGUCAUGGAGAGAUGGGACAGCCAUGUGCUUGUCAUUGACAAAGUUGCCCCUGCAAAUUGGAAGAAUGAGCCAGCAGGCAGAAUCUUGGAGCUUUGUAUUCUUCAUUUGGCGAUGUCUGAGAUAACAGUGCUAGGGACACGGCACCAGAUUGUCAUCAACGAAGCUGUUGAUCUUGCUAAACGGUUCUGUGAUGGAGCAGCACCCCGUAUCAUCAAUGGGUGUCUCAGGACCUUUGUGAAAGACCUUGAAGGAACUGGUGUAGCUCAAGCCUUAGAUAAACAGAAAGUGAUCCGUUAAUGUCUGAAUUUUAGUUAUUUCAAUUACUGCUCCUUGCUUUUGCAUUGUUGAAACUUGAAACUCCCAUGACCAUUAGUGGACUGAAGAGUCUCAUUCAGGAUAUGCUGAUGCUGGGAAACCUCAAGGGAAAGUGAUUUUUGUCUCUCUUUAGGUGGAUUACUGCAUUUUCAGGCUCAAAAGUUAUAAUGGAAGGGAUGGCUUAGUGGGCAAUUUGUUAGUACCACUGUUGUAUUUAUAAUUAAAAAAAUUUGAGUAUUAUAAUGUAUAUGAUGAUGUUGUAAUUGAGAUAUUCAAAUACUAUACAAUGUUUUAAGUUUUGACUA